CGUCAUUGCAUUCUGAGCUCACCUGGCCUGGAGCGUGUACUCAAAGGGAGUUGCAGCGGCGAAGAUAUUUGCGAAGAUAUUUGCGAAGAUAUUUGCGAAGAUAUUUGCGAAGAUAUUUGCGAAGAUAUUUGCGAAGAUAUUUGUACAGUAGCCCUAUUGUCCUUAAAAGAUCACCUAUUUCUAAGUUGUAAUUAUGACAACUCCAGGAGAAGCAAGAGGGGGAUACGAAAAGUACUUCACCGGCGGGCUGCACACGUUACAUGCAAGCUCAACGAAGGAAGAAAUUGAAGAAUGCUAUGAUAAGUGGGCACCCGCUUAUGACAGGGAUCUCAUGUCGGCGGGAUGUGUCAAACAUGAACCCAUGGUAAGAGAGUUCGACUUAGCAAUUAAGAAAGCCAUGCCAGACAAACCGAAUUCCGAGGUCAGAGUAAUGGACAUGGGAGCCGGCACUGGACUUCUGGGAGUAGAGCUGAAAAAAAAGGGCUACACUAACGUGGACGCCCUAGAUCUCACCCCAAAAAUGUUGGAUGUAGCCAAGGAGAAGGGCUGUUACACCAAGUUCAUAUGUGCCCAUAUCACGGAGGCGCGGACCCCUGGUCUUGAGGAUGGUGAAUACGAUGCCAUAAUUUCAUCUGGAGUGGUUACAGCAGCUUACGGACAUAUUCAUGCACCGGCCUUUUAUGAGAUGAUGAGAGUAAUUCGCGAUGGAGGCGUUAUCUACUUUAACGUGCGAACCAAGGAAAUUCCUGACUUCGUAAAGCCCAUGAAAGAGCUGGAAGACAAAGGGUUGUGGACCAAAAUCCAUGAGGCAAAAGUAGAGCAUUAUAAAAUCGAUGAUCCUAAGCUACCAAAGCUUACCAGUGUAUUUGCGUUUCAAGUUCACCACAAGAAGUGCAACGAGUUCACCACUCCUGGAGAAGCAAGAGGGGGAUACGAAAAGUACUUUACCGGCGGACUGCAUACGUUACAUGAAAGAUCAACGAAGGAAGAAAUUGAGGAAUGCUAUGACAAGUGGGCACCCGCUUAUGACAGGGAUCUCAUGUCCGCGGGUUGUGUCAAACAUGAACCCAUGGUUAGAGAGUUCGACAUAGCAAUUAAGAAAGCCAUGCCAGACAAACCGAAUUCCGAGGUCAGAGUAAUGGACAUGGGAGCCGGCACUGGACUUCUGGGAGUAGAGCUGAAAAAAAAGGGCUACACUAACGAUCUCAUGUCCGCGGGAUGUGUCAAACAUGAACCCAUGGUUAGAGAGUUCGACAUAGCAAUUAAGAANAUUCAUUUUGUUUGUUUUUUAACAGGAGGCGUUAUCUACUUUAACGUGCGAACCAAGGAAAUUCCUGACUUCGUAAAGCCCAUGAAAGAGCUGGAAGAUAAAGGCUUGUGGACCAAAAUCCACGAGGCAAAAGUAGAGCAUUAUAAAAUCGAUGAUCCUAAGCUACCGAAACUUACCACUGUAUUUGCGUUUCAAGUUCACCACAAGAAGUGCAACGGUAAUUAG